AUGGCCACUACCGGAACUUCAAGACUGGAUCGUCUCGUCACCUUGCUGGACAAGGGGAGCACCCAGCUCAUUCGAAAUACUGCCGCACAACAACUCGCCGAUGUCCAGAAACAGAACUCCGACAGCCUUUUUCCCCUUCUAGGCAGAGUUCUUCCUUACCUACAAUCUAAAUCAUGGGACACUCGCACCGCUGCCGCCAAAGCUAUAGGCGGUAUCGUCUCCAAUGCCGAAAAGUUCGAUCCCAAUGCUGACGAUGCGGACCCAAAGUCAGAAGAGCCUCUCAAGGUUGAGGAGGUCGCCUCCAAGAUUGAAGAGAAAACCCCCGAGGACGACGACCUUCUCCAGCUCAGCACCCUUGACAUCAAAUUGAUUCUCACUCAUGGGAAAAAGCUUCUAGGCAGUGCCGGCAAAGAGUAUGAAUACUCGAUGGCAGGUAUGACACCUGCCCAACGUCUGGCGCAUCAGAAGCAGAGCCUCACCAGUCGACUUGGUCUCGGCGGCGAAUAUAUGGAGGAUGACUUGGUCAACGAGUACGACUUUGCAGCCAGCUCCCAGCAGAAAUCUGCUACAACCCCUGGCGUAACUCGAGUAGAUACAAAAUCCGGACUGCAACGCCUGGACAGCUUCGGUUCUGCUGCACCGUACAGUGCUGUAUCCCCGUCCGACAACAAUGGCCAGUCCCUGCAUGAUGAGUCUGGCUUAAGUAAACGACAGCUGAACCAGUUAAAGAGGAAGAAUAAAUCAGCGGCAAAAGCUGGCGUAAGCAAGAUGCGCGUCGUUGACCUUUCAGGUCGACGUCAGGCAGAGCCUGGCCAGACACCGGUUUCAGCGACUCCACAUCCUGUUAAGCUCAACGGCCAUGAAGACUCCAACGGAGAUGCCAAAGUGGAUUACUUCUCUAUCAAGAGAGAAGGUUCCGAUGACACCAGCGCACUCGUGUCCGAGUUCAAGGGUGAAGCUGUCCCAGAAAAGCCGCUCAUCCAACCCGAUGAAGAGCACGCCCACGACUGGCCAUUUGAUGUGAUGUGCGAUUUCCUGUCCGUGGAUCUUUUUGACCCCAAUUGGGAGAUCCGACACGGCGCAGCCAUGGGUUUGCGAGAAGUCCUCCGGGUGCACGGACGCGGUGCCGGUCGUCGAUAUGGCAAAUCCAGAGCUGAGAAUGACCUUGCGAAUCGCCGCUGGCUUGAUGACCUUGCGUGCCGCUUGCUGUGUGUUUUGAUGCUGGAUCGCUUCGGCGACUACGUCUCGGAUACAGUUGUUGCCCCGAUCCGUGAAACGAUCGGUCAGACUCUUGGUGCUUUGCUCACACAAUUACCGGACGACCUGGCCAUUUCUGUUUACAAUUGCUUGCAGGAAAUGGUCAAUCAGCAGAACGUUGGUCUGAAACAACCAAUUUGGGAAGUAUGUCAUGGAGGCAUGAUUGGUUUGCGCUAUUUUGUCGCCGUCCGCAAAGAUCUGCUCCUCCGUCACAGUCACCUCCUCGACGGAGUUGUCGCAGCCGUUAUGCACGGGCUUGCCCAUCCUGACGACGAUGUCAAGUCGGUCAGCGCAGCAACCUUAGUACCUAUCGCUGGCGAAUUGACAACUAUGCGCCCAGGUGCUUUAGGUCAACUUAUCAGCGUGGUGUGGGACUGUCUCCUGGAUAUGCAAGACGACCUGAGUGCCAGUACUGGCGCUGUUAUGGACCUUCUUGCAACUCUCUGCUCGCAUCCUGAAAUCUUGGACGCAAUGCGCACCAACGCCGCUGAAGACCCGGAACAGUCGUUUGAGAAGCUUGUUCCUCGCCUGUAUCCUUUCCUGCGACACACAAUCACCAGCGUUCGAUUGGCGGUAUUGAAGGCUUUGAUCACAUUCCUAAACCUCUCAAACACGAGCAACAUGGAGUGGGUAGGUGGCCGCGUGGUCCGCUUGAUAUUCCAAAACAUGCUACUCGAGCGAAACGAAGGAGUGCUCUGGAUGUCCUUUGAGGUGUGGAAAGCCCUCAUCUCCUUUAUGGAAUGCCGAGGGUUUUCUGCCUUCGCAGCAGACUUGGAGCCACACAUCUCACCAAUGGUCGGGGUCGCUGUUCAGCCUAUCGGUCAGGCAAGGAGCCCUAUUCCAAUGGAAACAAUUUUCCUUAUCAAGCCGUCGGGUCAGGCAAUGGCACCUAUUUCGGUGAAGCAUGGGAAUACUCCUGAAUCUGACCAGCAACCCAAGAAACGACGAAAGGUUGAGAAACCCGAGACAAAUCAGCGCCUUUCUCACAAUACCGAUGGACACAUGUUGCAUGGCGAAGUGGACCUUGUCGGACUAGAUGUCAUGCUGAGGACUAGAAUUGUCUGCUCAAUGGCACUAGGUCUCCUUCUCAGCAAGCAAAAUCCAUCUCUAAUUGAAAAGAACUGGAGCCACCUGAUGUCGUUCAUCACUUCACCUUAUUCAAGUUCAAGGUUAUUUGCAGCAAUGAUUCUGGAGGAGCUUGCAAAGCACCAAUCCCGGCCCCCAUCGGAUACGUCAGGUAUUGUGUCACAACUGCAACAUAUUCUUGAUGACGACGGCAACAACUGGUAUGCAGAUAUAGUGUCUUCGCUGCAGGCUGCUCGAGGCCAAUGCCAAUCCUUGAUUAGCGCGUUCCAGAAUCAGGCGCAUGUCUCUCGAGACAGGUUACCAGCGAUAGCCGUAGUCUGUCAAGGAGAUAUCGGUGCUGGCCCAAAAGCCUUCUCACUUGCGGAUGCCGAAAGAAUCGUGACAACAGACUUUGAUCGACUUCUAAAAGGCCUUACGCCGGCACAGCGCGUUUCAGGAACACAAUAUCUGAACGAUGCCCGUACAAACGCUAAGACGGCCGUCGACGAAGCCAAAAAGAUCAAAGAAGGUCGAGACAUUGCGAUAAAGGCAGCGGUUGCGUCGAUCCUGGUUCGACUCAAGGAAAUCCCAAAGAAACCAGGUCAAUUGAUAAAAUGCAUUAUGGACAGCAUCAAAUCAGAAGAGUAUGACGACUUACAAGCUCGAUCUGCAUCGGCCGUUGCUGGGCUUAUUGAUUACUACACCACCAGUCCCAAACGUGGCCCUGUGGACAAGCUGGUUUCCAACUUGGUCAAAUUUACCUGCGUGGAUACAUCAGAGACCCCAGAAUUCGGCCCCAACGCCACUUUUGAGGACAUUGUUCUGUCACUACGAAAAGAAGAAGACAGGAAGGACCAUCCCGAUGCCGCCCGAUUUGAGCAAGAGGCCAGGGAGGCUCGUGUCAUGCGGCGAGGUGCCAAACGUGCUCUUGAUGAGUUGGCGCAAUCAUACGGCGCUCAGCUCCUGGAAAAACUCCCUGUACUGAGAACUCUUAUUGAGGGCCCGAUCCACGAGCUCAUCGAGCCAUCUGAUCCGGCUACUCUACAAGUCGACGAAGAGCAAGGCCAGUCAUUAGUUGACUCCAUGUCAGCGUUGCGAACGAUGUCACCUACUCUGGACGCCGGUUUGCAUAAGUGGGUUUUGUCGUUAAGCCCUCUCAUUGGGAAAGCAAUGAGAAGCAGGCUCUCUGUCAUAAGAUAUAGCGCCGCCAAAUGUUUCGCAACGAUAUGCAGUGUCAUCCCCGUUGAGGGCAUGACGAGGCUUGUGCAGGAUGUUUUGCCUAACAUCAGCAACCCCCUGGAUCUGAGGGACAGACAAGGGAUAACCGAAUGCGUCUAUCACCUCAUCCAGGCUAUGGGCGACAGGAUCCUGCCAUAUGUAAUUUUCUUGAUUGUCCCUGUUCUCGGCCGGAUGAGUGAUGCCAACAACGAUAUCCGUCUCCUUGCGACUACAUCCUUUGCAACAUUGGUGAAGCUGGUGCCUCUGGAAGCGGGCAUCCCUGACCCGCCAGGAAUGCCGGAGUCAUUGCUCCAAGGACGUGAACGAGAGCGCAAAUUCAUGGCGCAAAUGCUCGAUCCGAAAAAGGUUGAGCCUUUCCAGAUCCCUGUGGCAAUCAAAGCGGAAUUGCGACCGUAUCAGCAAGACGGGGUGAACUGGCUGGCUUUUCUCAACAAGUACAACCUUCAUGGCGUCCUGUGCGACGACAUGGGUCUCGGCAAGACUCUCCAGACUCUGUGUAUCGUGGCAAGCGAUCAUCACAUCCGGGCCGAGGAAUACGCCAAGACCAAAGCACCCGAUAUGAAGCGUUUGCCAUCCCUUAUUGUCUGUCCACCAACGCUGUCGGGCCAUUGGCAGCAGGAGAUCAAGCAAUACGCACCAUUUUUGAGCUGUGUUGCAUACGUGGGACCUCCAGCGGACCGGAUCAGCCGGCGUCCUUUACUCGAAACGGCAGACGUGGUCAUAACUUCCUACGAUGUGUGCCGAAACGACAACGAUAUUCUCACACCCAUCACUUGGAAUUACUGUGUAUUGGAUGAAGGUCAUCUGAUUAAAAACCCAAAGGCCAAGAUUACCCAGGCCGUGAAAAGGCUGGUCAGCAACCACAGACUGAUUCUUUCGGGGACGCCAAUCCAGAACAACGUCUUGGAGCUCUGGUCGCUGUUCGACUUUCUUAUGCCUGGUUUCCUUGGUACAGAGAAGGUCUUCCAGGAUCGAUUUGCGAAACCGAUUGCGGCUAGCCGGAAUGCAAAGUCUUCUUCCAAAGAACAAGAGGCGGGUGCAUUGGCGAUUGAAGCUCUUCACAAGCAGGUUUUGCCAUUUUUGUUGCGGCGUUUGAAAGAGGAGGUUCUCAACGAUCUACCGCCCAAGAUUCUGCAGAACUACUAUUGUGAUCUCAGUGAUCUGCAGAAGCGUCUAUUCGAAGACUUCUUCAAGAAGGAGCGCAAGACAGUGGAGAACAGCAUCGGAUCCGCGGAUAAGGAGGCCAAGCAGCACAUCUUCCAAGCCUUACAGUACAUGCGCAAACUGUGCAACUCACCUGCCCUUGUCGUCAAGGAGGGAAACAAGCAAUACGAGGCGAUCCAAAAACAACUUGCAGCAUCCAAAUCCAGUCUGCGCGAUAUUGCCCAUGCACCCAAACUGAGUGCCUUGCGCGACUUGCUGAUUGAUUGCGGCAUCGGCGUCACCAAUGAUGCCAAUGACAUGUCAGCUUCGAAUUAUGUAUCGCAACAUCGGGCACUGAUCUUCUGCCAAAUGAAAGAGAUGCUUGAUAUGGUACAAACGGAAGUUCUGGGCAAGCUGCUUCCUAGUGUGCAGUUCCUGCGACUCGAUGGGAGCGUGGAAGCCACCAAACGUCAAAAUAUUGUCAACCAGUUCAACAACGACCCCAGUUAUGACUGUCUUUUGCUGACGACUAGUGUGGGUGGUCUUGGACUGAACCUCACUGGUGCCGACACCGUCAUCUUUGUCGAACAUGACUGGAACCCACAGAAAGACAUCCAGGCCAUGGAUCGUGCACACCGAAUUGGCCAGAAGAAGGUUGUCAACGUCUAUCGCCUGAUAACGCGCGGGACCUUGGAGGAAAAGAUCCUGAGCCUUCAACGGUUCAAGAUUGACGUUGCAUCCACUGUUGUCAAUCAACAGAAUGCAGGCUUAGGGAGCAUGGAAACUGAUCAGAUUCUGGACCUCUUUAAUCUUGGCGAAACAGCGGAUAAUGCAGGUGACUCGGGAGGCACCAAAGAUGAAGACAUGGUCGAUCUUGAGACAGGUGAAGUUCGGAAGAAAGGGGAAAAGGGGUGGCUCGACGACGUUGGCGAACUCUGGGACGAGAGACAGUACGAAGAGGAAUUCAACCUCGAUUCCUUCGUGCAGAACUUGCAAAAAUAG